AUGGGGCUGGGAGCGCUCUCCCCGGGGAUGCUGCUGUGGCUGGUGGCCUCGGGGGCCGCGCUCUGCGGGGAGCUGCGGGUCUGCGCCGGCCUCGACUACGACUACGCGCCGGGCGGCGGCGAGGAGGACGGCGCCGAGACCAUCGACUACAAGGACCCGUGCAAAGCCGCUGUGUUUUGGGGUGACAUUGCCUUAGAUGAUGAAGACUUGAAUAUCUUCCAGAUAGACAGGACAAUCGACCUUACACAGAAUCCCUUUGGAACCUUUGGACGUGCCACAGGUGCCCUUGGAGACCACGGUAUAUCAAAGAAGCGGGGAGCCCUCUACCAGCUCAUAGACAGGAUAAGAAGAAUUAGCUCUGGCUCGGAGCAGAACGGCACCGCGCAGGGGAGAGCGCCCCCGCCGCUCCCGGGGCAGAGCGAGAAGAGCCGGCUCCCCAGGGCCGCCACGUCCAGGACGGAGAGAGUGUGGCCGGGAGGCGUGAUCCCCUACGUCAUCGGGGGCAACUUCACUGGCAGCCAGCGCGCCAUGUUCAAGCAGGCCAUGAGGCACUGGGAGAAGCACACGUGUGUGGCCUUCAUCGAGAGGAGCGAUGAGGAGAGCUACAUUGUGUUCACCUACAGGCCCUGCGGAUGCUGCUCCUAUGUCGGUCGGCGCGGCAACGGGCCUCAGGCCAUCUCCAUUGGCAAGAACUGCGACAAGUUUGGAAUCGUUGUCCACGAACUGGGCCACGUGAUAGGGUUCUGGCACGAGCACACGCGGCCAGACCGGGACAACCACGUGACCAUCAUCCGAGAGAACAUCCAGCCAGGUCAAGAGUACAACUUUCUGAAGAUGGAGCCCGGCGAGGUGAACUCCCUGGGGGAGAGAUACGACUUCGACAGCAUCAUGCACUACGCCAGGAACACCUUCUCAAGGGGGAUGUUUCUGGACACCAUCCUCCCCUCCCGCGACGACAACGGCAUACGCCCGGCGAUCGGCCAGCGGACCCGCCUAAGCAAAGGAGACAUUGCACAGGCAAGGAAGCUGUAUAGAUGUCCAGUGUGUGGAGAAACCCUACAGGAAUCCAGCGGCAACCUCUCCUCUCCUGGGUUCCCCAACGGCUACCCGUCCUACACACACUGCAUCUGGAGAGUCUCCGUGACCCCCGGGGAGAAGAUCGUGCUGAACUUCACCACCAUGGACCUGUACAAGAGCGGCCUGUGCUGGUACGACUACGUGGAGGUCAGGGACGGCUACUGGAGGAAGUCGCCGCUCCUGGGCAGAUUCUGUGGGGACAAAGUGCCUGAGGUUCUCACCUCCACGGACAGCAGGAUGUGGAUUGAGUUUCGCAGCAGCAGCAACUGGGUCGGGAAAGGCUUCGCAGCCGUCUACGAAGCCGUGUGCGGGGGCGAGAUCCGCAAGCAGGAGGGGCAGAUCCAGUCCCCCAACUACCCCGAGGACUACCGCCCCAUGAAGGAGUGCGUGUGGAGGGUCACCGUGGCCGAGGGCUUCCACGUGGGGCUGACCUUCCAGGCCUUCGAGGUCGAAAGGCACGACAGCUGUGCCUACGACUACCUGGAAGUUCGAGACGGGGCCGGGGAGGACAGCCCGCUGAUAGGACGCUUCUGCGGCUACGACAGGCCGGAAGACAUCCGCUCCUCCUCCAACGCCCUGUGGGUGAAGUUUGUCUCCGACGGGACGGUGAACAAGGCCGGCUUCGCUGCCAACUUCUUCAAAGAGGAGGACGAGUGCGCCAAGCCGGACCGCGGCGGCUGCGAGCAGCGCUGCCUCAACACGCUGGGCAGCUACCAGUGCGCCUGCGAGCCCGGCUACGAGCUGGGCCCCGACAGGAGGGGCUGCGAAGCUGCCUGCGGCGGGCUCCUCAGCAAGCUCAAUGGCACGAUCACCACGCCGGGCUGGCCCAAGGAGUACCCGCCCAACAAGAACUGCGUGUGGCAGGUGGUGGCUCCCACCCAGUACCGGAUCUCCGUGAAGUUCGAGACUUUUGAAUUGGAAGGCAAUGAAGUGUGCAAGUACGACUACGUGGAGGUGUGGAGUGGGCUGUCCGCCGAGUCCAAGCUGCACGGCAGGUUCUGCGGCGCCGAAGUGCCCGAGGUGAUCACCUCGCAGCUCAACAACAUGAGGAUCGAGUUCAGGUCUGACAACACCGUGUCCAAGAAGGGCUUCAGAGCGCACUUCUUCUCAGACAAGGACGAGUGCUCCAAGGACAACGGCGGGUGCCAGCACGAGUGCGUCAACACCAUGGGGAGCUACGAGUGCCAGUGUCGCAGCGGGUUCGUGCUGCACGACAACAAACACGACUGCAAGGAAGCCGAGUGUGAGCAGAAGAUCCACAGCCCCAGCGGCCCCCUCACCAGCCCCAACUGGCCGGACAAGUACCCGAGCAGGAAGGAGUGCACCUGGGCAAUCAGAGCCACCCCCGGCCACCGCGUCAGGCUGGCGUUUAGUGAGUUUGAGAUCGAGCAGCAUCAGGAAUGUGCUUAUGACCACCUGGAAGUGUUCGACGGAGAGACGGAAAAGUCGCCGAUUCUCGGACGGCUCUGCGGAAACAAGAUCCCGGACCCGCUGGUGGCGACCGGGAAUAAAAUGUUCAUUCGGUUUGUUUCCGACGCCUCUGUUCAGAGAAAAGGCUUUCAAGCCACGCAUUCUACAGAGUGCGGCGGGCGGCUGCGGGCGGAGCCGGCGCCCAGGGACCUGUUCUCCCACGCCCAGUUCGGGGACAACAACUACCCGGGACAGGCGGACUGCGAGUGGCUGCUGGUGGCCCAGCGGGGCGCCCGCCUGGAGCUGUCCUUCCAGACGUUCGAGGUGGAGGAGGAGGCGGACUGCGGCUACGACUUCGUGGAGCUCUUGGACGGCCUGGACUCCGCGGCGGCCGUGGGGCUCGGCCGCUUCUGUGGCUCCGGGCCACCAGAAGAGAUCUAUUCCGUCGGGGAUGCGGUUUUAAUCCAUUUUCACACUGACGACACAAUUAACAAGAAGGGAUUUCAUAUAAGAUACAAAAGCAUACGAUAUCCAGAUACCACGCACACCAAAAAGUAACACCCGGACCCCUGUCGGGACAGGAAGCAAUGUGCGCAAGGCAGAGAAAGACAUAUCUGUUUUUAAACCGGAGGUGUCGGCACGAAGGUCUGUACGAUGGGUGUGAGCACAGGACGGCUGUGAGGGCAGAGCUCUCUGUCGACCGAAAGCGGAGUUUCCAGCCAGCUCCCGUCAGCGUUGCAGGGACGUUCGAGUGAGCGCCCUGCGGGCUGGCGUCUGCAGCGGUGAGAGGGGGUCAGACGCUUCCGGAAGACUGGACAACGAGGAGCUUUGGUCCUCGGCCUGAGACCCACGGACGCCUGGAGAUUCAGACAGCGCCGUGCGGGAGCAGUGAUCCUGCCCGGCGAUCGUUCUGACAACGUGUCAAGAUUUGGGGGCAGGAGAGGAAGCUGCAGGCCGUAAACUGGACAGCCCUCUGCUCGCGGCCUGGGUAACUGCUCUGACCGUGUGUCCUGGGCGCAGGGAGACCGGACCCAGAGAGGGGCUGACGCGGGAGACCUGAGGGGAGGGUCCGUACUCUGGACGUGUGCGCGUGUUCCUGGUGUCUGGACGCUGCUGGGACAGUUCAGCUUCGUUGUUUCCGUGCAGGCUGCUUGCCCUCUCGGGAACACGGGCGGUCUUGACAGCGCCGCUCUGUGCUUGCUUUGUGGGGAGUUGAAGUGUCGGGCGUGUCUGUUUUCGCAGUUUAAGCCCUAGACGCCGUUUAUUUAAGUGCUGGGAAACGCCCGUGUCAUCGCUAGGCUCAGUUCUUUCCGUGGGAGUGCCGUCUUCUCACGCCGCCUCCAGGAAGCCCGUGCCGUCUCACGAAACCCGCGAGGACACUCCCGGGAGGCGUGGGCGUUCCUCCGGACAGCCGCCCGGCGGGUCACACGCUCGUGACUGCUGCUGCUAUGAUCCUUGUGUUUUCCUCUCGUUGUUGAUCUGUCGUCGUCCUUGAUGUUGUCUCAGCUAAUGUAUUUUUAAAAAAUGAAAUGAAGCGGGGGUAGGUCUUGUUUGAAAAUUGAAGGAUCUCUCUCUUAUUUUUUUCUCCUCCCCUCCUCCCCCACCCCGGGCAUUCAGUUAAAAAAAAAAUGCAAAGUUGGAAAAAAAAAAAAAAGAUUUGUCUCUGAAAGACUUGCUACGGUGCUAUUCCAUACACAUUUUUUUUAAAGAAAAAACAAGUUUUUGACCUUCGAGCCGACCACUUGUGGACGAUGAAUGUCUCCCGUGCCCGGCUGGUGGCGUCCGAGGACCAGAGGCUUGUUGACGUAUCGAGAGGAUGUCAUCGCGGAGCAACCACUUACGAUGCCUUAGAAUUCUUCACGGGACCCAGCAGAGCCUCCUGGGGAAGCCUGCUGGGAUGUGGGGCGUGGCCGUGUGUGUUGAUUGACAGCCCGGAGAGGAGAACCCGUUCCGUGAGUGGGACAGUGGAUAUAAAUGUGGUGGCCUGGUUUUGUUGUAGAGAAUGUUAAGUCCUGAACGGAUUUCCUGCUUUCAAGCCUCGUGUACUUUCAUGUCAAUGUGUGUAUGUGGGAGAUUGUCUGAGUUAGGGGCCACAAGGGAUGAAGAACAGUGAGUGGUCGGAGAGUUGAAACCAUGUGCCAAGUCCUACCGGACCCCUGUUGGAGACAGCACCUUCCCUAGGUUUCCUGGGCAAGCGAUGGGGACCUUGACUUAUUGUCAGUCCCACAAAGAAGGGUUCUUUCCUUUAAAGAGACUAUUUUGCUGGUAUUUUGGGGUGUAGACGCAGAUUCUGUUACCUGUCCAUGAACAUUCCACAUUUAACACAAUUGGGUCUAGUCUUCAUUUUUCACAAAAGGAACCCUAUACAGACGGAUGUUAGCUUAUUUGUUUCUUCUCUCAUGGUUGCUCUGAAAAAAAAAAAUCUUUUCUUGCACAUGAAUUGUGACAUGUAAAUACAUUUUUAAAACCGGUGGGUGUGUGGAUCUUACUGAAUGUUACUUAGGAAAUGUGUGACUGCCCGCUGCCUGCAAUGUCCAUGAGCCUUUCCGUGAAGCUGAGCUAUUCCGGUGACUUCUUCCGUGUUUUUUCACGAAUCUCCGCUUAUCAAAAGGUGUCAGGAAUGAGGCAGAGAGGAGAAAAAAGACAUCAACACCUGUCGUGGUCUGUACUCUCCCCUAGCCCUGUGCUAGGCAUGUGCACUAGCUCUCUGUACCCUCCAAGCCACCCUUUGAGACUGUCACAAUGUCCUUGGUUUAUAGUUCUGGAACUGGGGCUAAAAGAAGUUAUCUUGACUUUCCCAGGGCCACAGUGCAAAGUUAGACGUUGAAACCAGUUUGUCUGAUAGCGAAGUCUGUGCUUGCUCUACAGAACGUAGUGGAAUCAGUCUUGGAGUAUAUAAGUAGUAGACUUUUUUUUAAUGAUGAAACUUUUCCACAUAAAGUCGAUUUUAGGGGUGACUUAGUAAGAAAAACCUUCAGGAUGAACAUUUUUUUUUUCCAGGAACAGCAUGAGAAUUAGAAUAACAAUGAUGAUAGUUAUCGUUAAAAACCAGAGUUAGUACUAGACAUUAAAAAACAAACUGUAGUUUGGAGUUACCGUGGGCCUUCUGCUAAGAUAAAUAUGUUAAAUUAUUAUUUUGCCUGGUUUGGCAGGGCGCGUGGAAUGCUCUGUGUUGAGAAGAUUCCGGAUGUCCCGAUGGCCAUGUGCUCAGGCCACGGGGAGGGGGAGGUGCCCGGCACCACGGAGAAGUGAGGGGAGGUAUUUGGAGCACACAGAGAUGUCCUGACUUUAGGUCUUUGCCGUGAACAUUCACUUUUAUUGUAUCUCAUGUCAGAUAUCAGUUUACUGCAUAUUAUUUUUAUAUUAAUACAGCAUUUGCCUUAAAUGUGUUGUUUAAUGAAAGUACAGACAGCUCCAUUGUUGUUUUGUGAAUAUUUGUUAGUUACUGUUCUGCUUCAUUAAAUUAAGUCUGUAAAUUA